AGAGGAGCUGGUGCACUGUCUGUUACAACUACAACACUGGAACAAAUAGGUAACAACAUUAUACAAAGGUAGAAUUUUUGUGACAUCUCAGACAACAGUCUCUUGGACCUCGGAGACUAUUAAAUGUCGAAAUACAUCGGAGGAAUUAUGAAUCAGUGUUUCGAAAAUACCUCGAAUCCCGUUCCUGCUUUCCUGUUUUUUUGUGUCUAAAAGUGAAUGGUAGUGUCUAGAAAGGGUAUGUCCCUUCAGGAGAGAGGUGCCAAUGUCCAACCGGCCUAAUUCCAAUCCAGGGGGGUCACUGCGCCGUUCACAGAGGAACACUGCUGCGGCCCAGCCACAAGACCAAACUGUCGCGGGAAGGUUGCAGUCAGAGCAGGUAAAACAUAAAGCAAAUUCCCCUCCUGAAAGUAGAAGACCUAAUUCUAAGGCUUCCAAAGCCACUGCCAGCACAGCCACUGGCCAGUCCAGAGGGCACAGCUCAAGAAGAAGCGGCCUCUCUCUAUCUGUGGCUUCAGUUGUGUUACAAGACGAGCCAGAGGCAGCAGGGACAUCCGAACAAGAGCGACCAGGCCAACAGUCAAAGAGUGAAGGCACCCGAGGACUGAAGAGAAGUGAAGCUCCUGACCAAAUUAGUACCUUUAGACCGACGCCUGCCAAGAAGCCCAAAUCGCUCCCACCACCCAGAGACAAUACCUCAGAGACCAAGAAAGGCCCAACCAAGUCUAAGAAGAAAUCAUUUGCUGCAGAACCGCCUGCUUUGUCAGGUCGAAGUCAGAGCAAGAAGAGCGGGGCCAGUGGGGCCUCACCAAUCCAGAAACGGAAGAAAGCGGACUCUCUCCCCGGUCUAAGUAGCACCGCUGGGUCCCUCCCAAAUCGUACCGAGGGCAAAACAGCAAAACCCACCAAGCUGGCGUCUAAAUCGGCCGCCUCAGCCAAAGCUGGGUGUAGCAACGUGACAGACUCCUCCUCCUCUGCCUCCACCUCUUCCUCUUCCUCCACAACAGGCACCAACAGUGCCACUACGCAGGGUGCCCGAGUCAAACAGGGAAAAGAUCAGACCAAGGCACGACGCUCUCGCUCAGCCUCAAGUCCCUCCCCACGUCGCAGUACCCGUGACAAGGAGCAGGCAAAAACUACCAGCUCUUCAAAAUUUGAGUGGGCAGCACGCUUCAACCCCAAAGUCAAUCUGCCAAAACCCAAACUGUCCUUACCUGGAUCCUCCAAAACUGAGACAUCCAAGCCUGGGCCGUCAGGAUUACAAGCUAAACUAGCAAGUUUGAGGAAAUCCACUAAGAAGCGCAGCGAGUCUCCUCCAGCAGAGCUCCCCAGCUUUCGGCGGAGCACACGCCAGAAGACCACGGGCUCCUGUGCCAGCACCAGUCGGCGGGGCUCAGGCCUGGGCAAGCGCGGGGCAGCCGACGCUCGCCGACAGGAGAAAAUGGCCGACUCUGACAACAACCAGGAUGGGGCCAACUCAUCUGCCGCUCGCACUGAUGAGGCAUCACAAGGAGCUUCAGCUUCAAGCUCAGUUGCUGGAGCAGUGGGCAUGACCACCUCUGGAGAGAGUGAGUCUGAUGACUCUGAAAUGGGAAGACUUCAAGCCUUACUGGAGGCCAGGGGUCUCCCCCCACAUCUUUUUGGGCCCCUAGGACCCCGCAUGUCGCAGCUGUUCCACAGGACCAUUGGAAGUGGAGCCAGCUCCAAGGCUCAGCAGCUGCUGCAGGGUCUGCAGGCCACAGGCGACGAGUCUCAGCAACUCCAAGCUGCCAUUGAGAUGUGCCAGCUGCUGGUGAUGGGCAACGAGGAAACACUCGGGGGAUUCCCUGUGAAGAGUGUGGUGCCUGCUUUGAUUACACUGUUACAAAUGGAGCAUAAUUUUGAUAUUAUGAAUCAUGCCUCUCGGGCUCUCACAUAUAUGAUGGAGGCGCUUCCUCGAUCCUCUGCUGUGGUGGUCGAUGCUAUUCCUGUCUUCCUGGAGAAGCUUCAGGUGAUCCAGUUCAUUGACGUAGCAGAGCAGGCCCUGACUGCCCUUGAGAUGCUGUCAAGGCGACACAGCAAAGCCAUUUUGCAGGCUGGUGGGCUCGCCGACUGCCUCCUCUAUCUAGAGUUCUUCAGCAUCAAUGCUCAGAGGAAUGCCUUGGCCAUUGCAGCCAACUGCUGCCAGAGCAUAACUCCAGACGAGUUCCACUUUGUUGCUGAUUCUCUGCCACUGUUGACUCAGAGACUCACACAUCAGGAUAAAAAAUCUGUUGAAAGCACUUGUCUCUGUUUCGCCCGACUGGUGGACAACUUUCAACAUGAAGAGAAUCUGCUGCAGGAGGUUGCAUCACGGGACCUGUUGACCAACAUUCAGCAGCUGCUUGUAGUAACUCCUCCUGUUCUCAGCUCGGGGAUGUUUAUCAUGGUUGUGCGCAUGUUUUCUCUUAUGUGCUCUAACUGCCCCUGCCUGGCAGUCCAGCUUAUGAAGCAGAAUAUAGCAGAAACUCUGCGGUUCCUCCUGUGUGGUGCAUCAAAUGGAAGUUGCCAGGAGCAGAUUGAUCUGGUACCCCGCAGCCCCCAGGAGCUCUAUGAACUCACCUCUCUCAUAUGUGAGCUGAUGCCCUGCCUGCCCAGAGAGGGCAUCUUUGCAGUUGACGUGAUGCUGAAGAAGGGCAGUGCCCAGACGACAGAGGGAGCGAUCUGGCAGUGGAGGGAUGACCGCGGACUGUGGCAUCCUUACAACCGCAUCGACAGCCGAAUUAUUGAGACAGCCCACCAGAAUGGGGAGGAUGAGAUUAGUUUGUCAACCCUUGGCCGUGUGUACACAAUUGACUUCAACUCUAUGCAGCAGAUCAAUGAAGACACAGGAACAGCACGCGGUAUCCAGAGGAAACCAAAUCCUCUUGCCAACCCCAAUCCAGGGAGUCACCAAGAGGUUCGUCGAGAAGAUGCACGAGCCCAGUUGAUGAAGGAGGACCCCGAGCUGGCAAAGUGCUUUAUCAAAACUCUCUUUGGGGUCUUGUAUGAGGUGUACAGCUCAUCCGCCGGCCCUGCUGUCAGACACAAGUGCCUUAGAGCCAUCCUCAGGAUCAUCUACUUUGCUGACGCAGAGCUGCUGAAGGAUGUACUGAGGAAUCAUGCUGUGUCGAGUCACAUUGCCUCCAUGCUAUCCAGCCAGGACCUGAAGAUUGUAGUGGGUUCUCUACAGAUGGCUGAGAUCCUUAUGCAGAAGCUGCCGGAUGUCUUCAGUGUCUAUUUCAGAAGAGAAGGUGUGAUGCACCAGGUGAAGAACCUCUCUGAGGCUGAGAGCUUUCUGGUCACUAGUCCCCCAAAGGCUUGCCCUAGUGGUACAGCCAGUCUUUGCACCACCACCAUCAGCACUGCAUCCACCACAUCUGCUAAUAAUGCAACUCCUGAUCUGGGCUCACCUAGCUUCCAGCACAGCAUGGAUGACUCCCUGGACCUCAGCCCACAGGGGCGGUUGAGUGAUGUCCUAAAGAGGAAGCGGCUACCUAAAAGAGGGCCCAGAAGGCCCAAAUACUCUCCCCCAAGAGAUGAUGAUAAAGGAGACAAUCAGGCCAAGAGCCCUACCAGUACCCAGUCACCAAAAUCUUCCUUCUUGGCCAGUCUUAAUCCCAAAACUUGGGGCAAACUGGGUGCCCAGACAAACAACGCCAACUCAGAACCCUCACGCACAGCCGGGGUGAGCGGCCUGGCGAGGGCACCUCCCAAGGACUCAAUAUCAAAUAACAGAGACAAAAUUAAGGCCUGGAUCAAAGAACAGGCAAGUAAGUUUGUGGAGCGCUACUUCAACUCUGAAACUGUGGAUGGAAGCAACCCUGCACUGAAUGUACUCCAGAGACUUUGCACAGCCACUGAGCAGCUGAACCUGCAGGUGGACGGUGGUAUGGAGUGCUUGGUGGAGAUCUCCAGUAUUGUAUCAGAAUCUGAUGUGUCGUCGUUUGAGAUACAGCACAGUGGGCUGGUCAAGCAGCUGCUGUUAUACCUGACGUCCCACAGCGACCGGGACUUGCUCAGCCGGGAUGUGCGGCUCAAGAGGUUCCUCCACGUGUUUGCUGGCUGUCCGGUUCCAGGAGUGGAGCCCGUGGGGCGUCUGGACCCAGCAGAGAAUGGACCUUACCUGGCACUGGUGCACAAAAUGAACAGCUGUCUCAGCCAAAUGGAGCAGUUUCCUGUCAAAGUGCAUGAUUUCCCCAGUGGUAAUGGCAAUGGCAGCAGGGGCUCUCAGGCACUGAAGUUCUUCAACACGCACCAGCUCAAGUGUCAGCUGCAGAGACACCCAGAUUGCACUAAUGUUAAACAGUGGAAAGGCGGCCCUGUGAAGAUAGACCCCCUGGCCCUCGUGCAAGCCAUCGAGAGAUAUCUUGUUGUCAGAGGGUACGGCCGAAUCCGAGAGGAGGAUGAAGACAGUGACGAUGAUGGUUCAGAUGAUGAAAUAGAUGAAUCACUGGCGGCACAGUUCUUGAAUUCUGGCAGUGUGCGUCACAGACUACAGUUCUACAUAGGUGACCACCUGCUACCGUACAACAUGACGGUAUACCAGGCUGUGCGGCAGUACAGCCUUCAGGCAGAAGAGGAAAGGGAGUCGACAGAUGAUGAGGCAAACCCACUUGGGCGAGCUGGCAUCUGGACCAAAACGCACACAAUUUGGUAUAAGCCUGUGAGAGAGGACGAAGAAGGCAGCAAAGACGCUGUGGGAGGAAAGAGGGGCAGAGCCCAGACCGCUCCCACCAAAACCUCACCUCGCAACGCCAAGAAGCAGGACGAGCUGUGGCAUGAUGGUGUGUGUCCCAGUGUCCUCAAUCCCUUAGAGACAUACCUCACUUCGGAGCCACCGGAGACUAUAACCUUUGAUGACCCCUCUUUGGAGGUCAACCUGCUGCUGAGAGUCAUGCACUCCAUCAGUAGAUACUGGUUCUACUUGUACGAAAAUGCUGUGUGUAAGGAAAUAAUCCCCAACAGUGAGUUUAUAAACAGUAAGCUGACAGCCAAAGCUAAUCGUCAGCUACAAGACCCGCUGGUCAUCAUGACAGGGAACAUUCCCACUUGGCUCAUUGAGCUUGGAAAGACCUGCCCCUUCUUCUUCCCCUUUGACACCCGGCAAAUGUUAUUUUAUGUAACUGCCUUUGAUCGCGACAGAGCCAUGCAACGCCUGUUGGACACAAACCCAGAGAUCAACCAAUCAGAUUCUCAGGACAGCAGAGUUGCACCACGUCUCGACAGGAAGAAGAGGACGAUAAACCGCGAUGAGCUGCUAAAACAGGCCGAGUCUGUUAUGCAAGACCUCGGCAGCUCCAGGGCAAUGUUGGAGAUUCAGUACGAGAACGAGGUGGGCACGGGUCUUGGCCCCACUCUUGAGUUUUACGCUCUGGUGUCUCAGGAGCUCCAGCGGGCCGACCUCGGCCUGUGGAGGGGUGAAGAGGUCACACUGGCCAACCCUAAAGGAAGCCAAGAGGCAACUAAGUACAUGUUCAGCUCCAGAGGACUGUUUGCUGUUCCCUUCGGCAGGACAACCAAACCAGCACACAUAGCCAAAAUCAAAAUGAAGUUCCGUUUCUUAGGAAAGCUUAUGGCCAAAGCCAUUAUGGACUUCAGACUGCUGGACCUGCCCCUGGGCCUACCAUUUUAUAAGUGGAUGCUACGGCAUGAGAUGUCUAUAAGCUCCCACGACCUGGUGAACAUUGACCCCGGUGUGGCCAAGUCCAUCCAGCACCUGGAAGACAUAAUCCGCCAGAAGAAGAGGCUGGAACAGGACCGAUCACAGGUGAAGCACAGCACAGGGGACAUCCAUGUUCCUGGGACGAGGGAAACUCUACAGCAGGCAUUAGAGAGCCUGAACAUGAACGGCUGCUCAGUGGAGGACCUGGGCUUGGACUUCACCCUCCCAGGAUUCCCAAACAUUGAGCUGAAAAAGGGCGGCAAAGACGUCCCAGUCACAAUCUACAACCUGGAGGAGUACCUCAGGCUGGUGGUCUACUGGACUCUGAAUGAAGGAGUAUCCAGACAGUUUGAGUCCUUUAGGGAAGGCUUCGAGUCAGUCUUCCCCCUGCAUCACCUGCAGUAUUUCUAUCCAGAGGAGCUGGAUCAGUUGCUGUGUGGCAGUAAAUCAGAGACGUGGGAUGUCAAGACGCUGAUGGAGUGCUGUCGACCGGACCACGGCUACACACAUGACAGCCGUGCCGUGCGGUUCCUGUUUGAGGUGUUGAGCAGCUUCGAUGCUGAGCAGCAGAGACUCUUCCUUCAGUUUGUCACAGGGAGCCCCAGACUGCCUGUUGGAGGUUUCCGGAGCCUCAAUCCCCCUCUGACUAUUGUGAGGAAGACCUUCGAGUCAACAGAGAACCCGGACGACUUUCUCCCCCUCAGUCAUGACCUGUGUUAACUACCUGAAGCUGCCUGACUACUCCAGCAUAGAGACCAUGCGAGAGAAACUGUUGAUUGCGGCCCGCGAGGGCCAGCAGUCCUUCCACCUUUCCUGAUCUCUCCACAUCUCACAUUAAAAUGCCUUCUACAGCGACUGAUGAAAUCAUGACUUCCUUCUUAGUUUUUUUGUAAUCACAUACAUUAAGGCUCAUGUACAGCCUUCUUGUUAGAGAAAGCAGCUUGCAGAAAAAUUAAGACUUUAAAUAUAUAUUUGCUGCCCCUGUCUCUCAAAAAAGUAUAAAAAAAUACAAAAAAUGGAAGGGUGUUCCAUGACUCACAGAACUUAAAAUAUUAAAAAAAAGAGAGUCAAACUUAUAUCAGUAGUUGAGUAAUGUUAAAAAAAGAUGAAAACAUCUGGGUGACAUUUUAAAUUGCAUUGCUAUGUGAUAUUUAAAAAAGGGACGUCUCCUCUCCAGAGUGGUGGACAGCGUCACUGGGUGUAGGGGAGGACUGGGCUGGGAGGGAGGGAGGGAGGGGGGUGGGGUCCAUCGAGCAAGCUAGGUUUACUUUAGCUCCAAAGAUCAUUUGUACAGACAAAUUUGCAGACUUUGCUCAUUCUACACAUUUGAUAGAAUAGCUCUUAGUUCUCAUGUCUCUGCCCCUCAGUUUGUCUGUUUGCAUUUUCUUCUGUAUUAUAUUGGCCCCAGUUUGUGUGUUGCAUUUUGGUUCGGCUUUUCUUCCCCCCUGUGUGUCUUUUUGCUUCAAGUUGUGGAAACGAGAGUUGCAGUUGGUUGAAUGCGGGUAGUGAUGAGCGCAUAUUAUCUUCUUUUCUUUUUUUUUUCCACCCCUCUACCCGAGUUGAGAUUGUGUUCUGGCCUCCUUUAUUCUAGAGAGCUUCAGCUCAAACGAAGAGUUGUAACCAAUGUGUUGAUCAGGUAAAUUUGUUUUGCUCUUCUUUUGAUAGAGUUUAGUGUCUUUCUGUUGGGCCCUACCUGAUGUGUAGGGUUAUCUUGGUAGACCAAGCUCUGAGCAACCCUCAACACAUAAUGUAGCUGGGCACAAAAUAUGGCUGGUCGCAUUUUAUCGUUUCAUGGCCAGAUAGCAUUUCAAGUUCAUUUAUGGAAUAAAGUUUAUAUGCAGUUUCACACCCUGUUUGAGGUGAGAAUGUCUGCUUUACUUUUUUUUUUUUUUUUUUUUAAUUUUCUAUAUUGUCUUUAUUUCUUGCUGUAGUUGAUUAUUAUUAUUUUUUCUUUGCACUGCUGGCUUGGAACAAACCGUGGUGUGCACCUGCAGUCUAAGGCCAGGGGAGGGCGCCACUGUAUGUUCUCCUGGCCCAAUCGUUCAUGUGCUGGUUUCUAAGAUCUGCAAUAAUUUACUGCAUCAGGUUCAUGUUUUUACCUGAACAUAAAUAAAGUAACUGUUUGACUCAU